GUGGGUUAGAUCGGUCGGACCACUAUUAUGGAUGAAGAGCAUAUUGUUGGUGAUCAAGACAGAGGCAGUAGAAAACGAAAUUGGGGUGCAGCAUCACGGCAGCGGCAGAAAGAAAUACGAGUACAAUAUCACCAUACUACAUAGGCUAUACAAUGAUAGCGUUGAAGAAAGCUAUAAACUAUCCACAGAAAGAUGGCGUGAGGAUGAGGAAUUGCAAUGGCUUCGUCCUAUUUUUCCAGAGCCCCUUGAAGAGCUACAAGAGAAUAGUGAUGAAGACAAUGAUGAAGAUAAUGCCCAAGAAGUAUGUAACUGCAUCGUGGAUGAUGGUGGAGUGAAAGUUUGA